AUGCCACCACGCAUGACAGCCCGCACUUCCAGGCGUAAUGCUGACAAGCCCGGCCCUGGCGAUGAACAGCGCAAGAUCAAGCUCAUCACUGAGCAGAAUGUCAUCGACAAGCCUGCUAUGCAGGAGGGCUUUCCAAUGAGAAAGUGGAGUGUUGAGAUCUUCCUUCUUGACCAGCAGGGCAAACAGCACAAGGCGGACUGCUUUCAGAAGGUCGUCUACAACUUGCACCCUUCCUUCGAGAAUCCUACCCAGACCUUCACCGACGCACCGUUCAAGUGCGAGAACGAGGGUUGGGGUGAGUUCGAGAUGGUCAUUGACCUGUACUACACCGACAAGAGCGGAAAGAUCUCGGUCCCGCACGACCUCAACUUUCAGAAGAAUUACUACGAGCACGUCCGCGAUGUGACCUUCAAGAACCCCAGCCAGGCUCUCCAGCUUCUCCUGCGUGAGACUGGCCCUCUGCCUUCUGACGACGAUCGCAAGCGCAAGACGGACGGUGUCUCUAAGAAGUCCAAGAAGUCCUUUGAUGUGGAGAAGAUGGCAGACGCACUGGUUCGGCUCGAGGAGGACGACUUGCUCCAUGUCAUUCAGAUGAUACACGAUCACAAGACGGACGACACCUACAUCCAGAAUAAUGUUGAUGCGGGCGAGUUCUCUGUCGAUCUGUUCACCAUUCCCGAUAACCUUGGGAAGAUGAUUUGGGACUACCUGGUCAAACAGAAGGUCAUUGAGGUCUAA